UAAAGAAUAUAUCAACAAACGGCAGUUAUUGAGAUAGCUUUCAACAGUGAACAUAUGUAAAACAUUGGUUGAGUGCAUGCUUUAUAACGAAAGCUUUUUGAAAAUUCAAAUUAUUUUUUUUUUUCGGUUGUCGGUGUUUGAAUGUUAACGAGGUUUCACUUUUACUUAACAAUUAAAUUGAUAAAAAAAAAAUUAAUUUCGAUGCAGAGUUGAAUGUGUGUUAAGAUUGACCGAAAAAGGCAAUAAAAUUCUUUUUUAGUCUAUUGAUUUUGUAAUUAGUGAUUUUAAAGCCAAUGUAGAAAAAGAGACGACUUUCAUAAUGUUGAACCGGAGCCAAACAACCAUGAAAUAAUAGACCGAUUAUGCAUAUCGUGCAAUAUACGUGCUUCUUGUUUGUUUAAGAAUAUAAAUUUAAAAUGAGUGCUACAAUAAAGAAAAAAUGUCAAAUUGUUUGUCUGCUGCUGUGUGCAGUACUAACCAUUUUGAAUAAUGCACGAGCUAAACCGACAAUAGCCUUUACUCUACCACCAGCGCUAACAUCGAUACCAUCGCUGUCCUCGUACACACAUCAAUUCGUUGGCCGAAAACUAUCAGAUCAAAUGAAAAGUUACAGCGGACAACGAUUCAGCAACGAAUCACUCGUAAUGAUUUACUUCAACGAUCAGACAAUAGCCGUAGUAGAGCUUGGUCCCGCAAAACUACUAUUGAACUGCGAACUUAUUGAAAUUUACGAUGACAAGGAAGGAGUACUGCUUCUACAAAAACUCUCAUCGAUCAACAAGCCACUAGAGAUUACAUUUAAGGACAUGGUCAAACUGAUGAGCCAAUGUGAUAUUGUAGAUAAACAAAAUGAAAUGAAUAGACAACCACAUCUGUCCAAAGAGCAACGAAGUGUUGACGGUGGCGGAGCUGGACUGUUUCCACAAAAUCCAUUUUCAUUGUUGAGUGGCAUCGUGCCAGGAACGAAAUGGUGUGGCACAGGUGAUAUUGCAACAUCAUAUAGUGAUCUAGGCUUUGAAAAGAUAAUGGAUAGAUGUUGCCGACAACACGAUCUAUGUCCGGUGAAAAUUCGGGCCUAUCAAAACCGUUACAAUCUUAUCAACAAUUCAUUGUAUUCAAAAUCCCAUUGCACGUGCGAUGAUAUGCUAUUCUCAUGUCUGAAAAAGACCAAUACGUCUGCGGCUCAAGUAAUGGGUUCGAUUUAUUUUAAUUUAGUACAGGUUCCUUGCCUCCAAGAAACGCCCAAAGGCUUACAGUUUCGUAAAGCACGCGAAGGAUUUUGAAUCACUGGCUUUUGACCGAUGAUUGGAAUGUGGUGCUCGCCUCUCUGGGAUAUCAAGACAGUCUGAAGGAAUUUUUAGUUUAUUUAUUACAAUGUUUUCGUCUAAUUGAGUGAAUUAAAUAAAAAAUAAAAAAAUAAAUAGAAAAAAUAAGCACAG